GGAGAGAAACCUUAUGAAUGUAAUCAAUGUGGUAAAGCCUUUGUAUGUAACAGUCAUCUCCUAAGACAUAAAAGAACUCAUUCUGGAGAGAAACCUUAUGCAUGUAACCAGUGUGGUAAAGCCUUUGCAUGUAACAGUCAUCUCCUAAGACAUAAAAGAACUCAUUCUGGAGAGAAACCUUAUGAAUGUAACCAGUGUGGUAAAGCCUUUACAUGUAACAGUAGUCUCAUAGUACAUAACAGAGCUCACACUGGAGAGAAAGCUUAUGAAUGUAACCAAUGUGGUAAAGCCUUUGUCUGUAACAGUCAUCUCCUAAGACAUAAAAGAACUCAUUCUGGAGAGAAACCUUAUGCAUGUAACCAGUGUGGUAAAGCCUUUGCAUGUAACAGUAAUCUUUUAAUACAUAAACGAACUCACACUGGAGAGAAACCUUAUGAAUGUAACCAAUGUGGGAAAGCCUUUGCAUAUAACAGUAGUCUCCUAGUACAUAAAAGAGCUCACACUGGAGAGAAAUCUUAUGAAUGUAACCAAUGUGGUAAAGCCUUUACAUGUAACAGUAGUCUCAUAGUACAUAAAAGAAAUCACACUGGAAAGAAACCUUAUAAAUGUAACCAAUGUGGUAAAGCC